AUGUACGAAAUUCCUUCCGUUACCGUCCACCAGUUGGCUCCGUGGUUAUUUCACAAAGAACAGAACGCUCUUGCGCCUUUUAUUGCGCUCUUAGUCGGUGUUUCUGUUGAAAACUUGAGGAAAUUCAUAAAAAUUGUCCUUUAUGAUCAAAAUUCCGCUGAGCAGCCUUUUUUAUACUCCGAUAGUUUUACACAAUUCGUUAUCUCUGGGACUGCUGAGUUGUUCCCGAAUGCCGUUCUUCUCCAAGGUGGUUUUGUCGGAUUUUGUGCGGCCUAUCCAGAACUCUGUUGGCAACACCCGGACAAGUUACCAGAUGAGGAAUUUGUUGGGGUUAAAGCGGAUUCUGGUUUAGAAAAUUUGCUUCAGGAGUGUUUAUACAAAAUUUACCAUGAGAUUCCUCCUCCAAAUCCCUUCUCUCCUGGAGAAGUGUCCAUCAUCUCCACAAGACAGCCUUCUUCAUGUUCCUCUUGUGGGUCAUCCUCUUCCCAGCAAAGUUGUGACUCAGGAGUCGUAUUGUCUGCAUCUUCUGCCCUCAUGCUUAACAGGAAAGCAAUUUCCCGCGUGACCUCUGCUCCAGUAAAGCGACCGACCACAGUAGUGGCCUCUUUCAGUGUUGACGAUGUCAUAAUGACCGGCUCUUCAAGUCGUCGUCCGUCUAGACUCCGUCCGAAUACCCUCUCCCUCUGCUCCCCCUCCUUUCCCACUUCUACUGCUUCAGCAACUGCAGUAAAUACUUUGACAAGCAACAUUCUGGAUCGUCCGUCUCGUUGCACUUUCGCAUCCUCCUUCCGAUUUCUCUCAACGCCACCCCCAUCCACGUCCUCACUCCAGUCUUCCCGACCAUCUCCCACAGUGAGUGCAGCUCUCAGUGCGGAGGCGUUUGAAUCUCCUCUCCCUACAGCCGUCCUGCCUCAUCUCCUCAUUGGUUGCCAAGCCGACGCCAUGUCAGCUGAGGUCUGCGCCGAUUUUGGAGUGACGCAUGUUAUCAAUGUCUCUGCUGAUGGAGAAAUGUCACCUCAUGUAGCUUCUUGCAGGUUCCUGAGGAUCCCUAUCCAUGAUAAUGGCAAGGCUGAUAUCGUGCAGUACUUUGACAAGGCCUUUGCAUUUCUUGACUCAGCGAAGCGAUCAGGCGGUCGUGUUCUGAUUCACUGUUUCGCGGGUAUUUCAAGGUCGCCGACUCUGGCCAUCGCCUACCUAAUGCACAAUCAAAGAAUCACAUUUGAUGAAGCAUACAAUCGAGUGAAGUUGCUCCGACCAAAAAUCUCACCCAACUUCAAUUUCAUUGGACAGUUGACAGAUUUCGAGCAUCGAUUAAAUUUGUCCUUACCCUCAUCCACUUCAGCAGCGGAGGUCAAGCGAGUUCUACCUGUCAUCAUCGUACCCACUGUGACCCCUACUCAGGCAGCAACCCCUGAAAACAAAGUCUCUGAGAAUACACCGAGGAUAAUGCCCCAGACUGCGACUUGUGCAUCGGGUGUAACCGUUUCGACAAUUACGAUUCCCACACCGUCGACAAUUUCUGGUCCAGUUCGUCCAGUGAGUCUUUCCUUGCGCCGUCCAUCUCUAAAGCCCAUGGUGGCGAUUACAUCGAAGAAACGCGAUCGAACGCAUUACCUCUCUCCCAACUCUGUCUUUUUCUCCUCUUCUGACAAUUCUUCCCCAGGAGACGACGAGCCGCCCUUCACGUGUCAGGUCUCCAACACCCCUACUAUCCUCGAUGCUUCAACUUCCACCUCACAAAGCACCUUUGUUGCCCGUCGGAAACGCAGUCGAUUUGGUCCUCUUCUACCUUCUCCCUCAACUGCUAUUGCUAGUCUUGAUCUUUCCUCCCCUACGGACGAUCAGAAUCCCCAGAGUUUGAAUCCUUUUCCUUCUACGCCCCCUCCUCCACCGUCUCCACGACCUAGACGUCUGCGAAGAUCCUCUCCCCAUCGUUUUGACGAGACUCGACGUUUUUCUCUUUCCACCUUCUCAGAUCUUUCUCGGGUUGCUUUAGCGGCCUGUGCAGCAGCUGUGACUUCAUCAGCCGAUGCGCCUUCCAGUGACAUUGACAGCGAGAUCGAUAUGGCCUCGUCAAAUCCCACUAUUAUUAGCUCGGGGUUGCAUAGUCCCAAUGCCGCUCAUUUGUGGUUGCUAGGGGACAGUUGCAGACACCAACAGGCCACAGCUGAAUCCUCCUGUCAUUCCAGUCUUUCUUCGUCAAGCAACAGUCAACACACACCUAGCUUUCCCAUCUCCUAG